GAGAGAUCCCAGGUUUGGGUGGCUACAUGCACAGCUCGUUUUGGCGUUGAGAAGAAAGUACAAAGGACACAGCAGGAACCAUGGAUUUUGUAAUGAAACAAGCCUUAGGUGGGGCCACCAAAGAUAUGGGUAAGAUGCUGGGUGGAGAAGAGGAGAAGGAUCCAGAUGUAGCCAAAAAGGAAGAGGAGAGACAGGAGGCCUUAAGGCAGCAGGAGGAGGAGAGGAAGGCCAAACAUGCCCGUAUGGAGGCAGAGAGGGAAAAAGUGCGGCAGACCAUCAGGGACAAGUAUGGACUGAAGAAGAAGGAGGAGAAGGAGGCUGAGGAGAAAGCGGCCAUGGAGCAGGCAUGCGAGGGCUCACUGACGCGCCCCAAAAAGGCCAUCCCAACAGGCUGUGGAGACGAUGACGAGGAUGAUGAAGAGAGCAUUCUAGACACUGUGCUCAAGUUCCUGCCAGGACCACUACAGGACAUGUUUAAGAAGUAA